AGUAGUUUUUGACAGGAGAAUCGAACCCGAGAAUUACCCUAGGGCGCUCUAGGGUUUUGGCGGCGGCUGGAGAUCGAUCGAUUGCGCCAGGGAUUCCGCGAUGCCGAAGCAGAUCAGCGAGAUCAAGGAUUUCUUGCUGACGGUGAGGCGGAAGGACGCGCGCUCCGUCAAGAUCAAGAGGAGCAAGAAUGUCGUCAAGUUUAAGGUCCGCUGCAAGAAGUACCUCUACACCCUGUGCGUCUUCGACUCGGACAAGGCCGACAAGCUCAAGCAAUCGCUUCCGCCUGGCUUGACUGUGCAAGAUCUCUAGGACAGCUUCGAGAAGGAAGCUCGCAUUUUGUAAGAGAAUGGCUUAAGUUGAAUUGACGUUGUUGCGAAGGCUUUGGGUC